GACGCAAUGGGAACCUCUUUUCUUCGCUCCCACGAUUGUCUUCAAGGCCACGACGCAAUGCCCCUCUAUUCAUCUUCCAUUAGAUCACAAAGAAACCCUAACCCUAGCCCCAAUCCUUCUCACGCUCGCCGGCGGAAGGUCUACGACGGCGAUCGCUCCAGCAUGGUGGUGAAGGGCCCCGACGCGAACCUCGUCAUGGGCCAAGUCAAGAUCCUCAAGAGAGGCGAGAAGUUAAGCCCCGGCGCGAACCUCACCCUAGGUAACCCUAACCUCCUCUUCUCGGUCCAUCACCGGACCCGAGACUGACACCGCGCUCCAAGUACGUUCAUUUACUUGGA